AAAAAAAAAAAUAUUGUAAAAUAAAAAUAUAAAAUUUUAUUACAAAAAGAAAAUUCUAACAAGAGAAGUCAUAAUAUAAAAGAAGAAAAUAUAUAGUACUUCUGAUUCUGACUUUUAACAUUAUACACAAGUACUGAGAUGGAAUAAACUUACAAAGGUAUUUCUUGAGAAUAUACAGUCAUCAUCUUACAAUUUUGUGAAAAAGCGGCUAUGGUGUAUUGGCCACAAUUAUCAAACAAAAAUGUUGGAAGCUGACGAAGUUGAUAUUGAUUAUUUCACUCCAGUAGCAAGCACAACAUUGGCAAACAUUUUUGGCAGCGAUACACACAUAGAGGAAAAAGAUGAUGUGUCUUUAAAAUAUGUUCCGAUACCACCACAAAAUACAGCCUCAAAAAAAGAAGAAUCUAAAGCAACACAAAUUGUAUACGCCUCUGCUUUCUUUGGCUAUGAAUGGUAAGACAGAUUUAGAAUGGUUUAAUAAACACUGUCGUUGAUGACAAACCCAUUGUUAUUUCCACUUACUCCUUACAUAUUUUUUGUUGUUAUUGGUAGAUUAUGUUUUCAUUGACCUUAAGAUACCCCAUCCAUUGUAAUGAAGGUGUGUUAGAAACUCUGAGAAAUAAAGUACGAUUAUAAUUCCUAUGUGUUGAAUUACUGUUACUUACUGUACCAAUGUAAUGUAGCAGAGAUAUACUAUUCAUGAUUACAUAUUUUGACAGUGUCCUUUCCUGCUGCUCUGAAAGAAUAUUGCAUUUCUAUUCAUUGAUAAAUGUACAUAUAAGUAAUGUGUUAUUUAUAGAUCUCUACAAAGUCUAGAUCACAAUUUUUGCUUUAGCGGCUAUAUCUACGUAAUAAUCUGUGCUACAUCUUGAAUUUUACUAUAGAACAAAAUUGAAUAAUAUUUAGGUAAACUCACUGUCUAUAUACAGUGGUGAUCAUAAAAUUAAGAAUGAUUAAUAUUACAAAGCCAACACUAUGUUUUCUCCUUAUACUCUGAUAGUGCUGUAAAAUAUUCUGUAUUAUUAGUGUAAAAAUCUUGUCAAAAUAAUGUACCUUUUUAUUUAUCUAUUUAUUAAAUCAUAGUAACUCGAUAAAGUUGCCGGAAUACUGGCUGGACAAAUAAUUAAGUAUGAAAAUAUAUUUUUCUCUUUUUUAAUUUUGAAAAUGUAAUGCGAUGUUCUUCAUUACCAUAUUCAUUACCUCUUUGCACUCUUAUUGUUAGGAUACAAGUUUUCUGCAAUUUAUUUUUGAUAAAAAAUGGGAAAUAAUAAAUCUUGCGACUCUACUGCUAGAGAAAUAAUAAUAAAGCUGUGUAGUCAUUAUGGUUGUAUAAAACAAUUGUGGAUUAUUUGCCUUGCUCAAAAACGAUGGUGAAACAGACUGUGUAGCAUUUUAAUACACUUCAGACAACUUCGAAUGUGCUCCGCAAACCUAAAGCAAGAACUUCUCUAGGAGGGGAUUUAAUAAUAGUUCACCUUGCCAAGCAGGACCAGUUUGAAAGUUCAAAUGAAAUGAAAAAAUGAAGUUUUUGUUCAGAAUAACCAAAAGAAAUUAAUUAAAAAAUAUAGUAAAUUAUUUCUCUUCAAUCCUGUUUUUUAAGAGUCGAGGUACUUCACGUAAACGCUCAAUGUAAAUUUUAUAAAAAGCUAGCUACUGAUACAGAAACUUUUUAAUUCAAUGUAGAUUAUAAAUAAUAUUGAAAGUUACUAUUAUGUUUCAUUAGGUACCAUUGGUUCCGAAAAAAACCUCUGUCCUGGGAAGAACCAGCAAUAAAACCCAGAGGGACUAAAAAAUAACAGCUUACAUUCAUGUAUGUUACGCAACUGUUACGCAAUUAACAACGCAAAAGAAAUUAGAAAUAGCCUGGUAACCAUCACCUCGUUCCCAGAGGUUAUUUAUCAUCCAUAAAUUCCUUGAUAUUAUAAUAGCCUUUUUUUGGGAUUUUGUUGUAAAAGCGUAGUAAUCGCCAUAAGAAUGAAUUACUGACUCGAUGGAGUCGAGUGACUGGUACUACUAAUUUGUAUUUACUAUUAUUCUUAUAUUAUUAAUAUUUACAUAAUGAAUAUCACUUACUUUUGUAAAACUACAUUCAUUUUUGUGUACGUACAUUUUCAUUAAUGUAUUGUGAGGCCAAAGUUAAUAUAUUAAUUUCCUUAAUUUUUUUUUCGGAACGACUACUAAAGAUCGAUCUCCGCCGCCAUCGAUUAGAUUGUUAAUUGCAAUUUAAGUGCAUAUCAUGUGCUCGGCGGUGAAGGAAAAAAUCGUGAGGAAACCUGCAUUUUUUUUUAUACAGCAUAGGGUGACAAACGAGCACACAGUCCACCUGAUGGUAAGUGGUUGCUGUGGCAGCUGUGUUUUUUAUGCAGAUGCGUUGUCACCCGUGAGGACUAAGAUGGAAUGCCUCGUUUCCAGUAAAAAGGGUCUCCGGUUCUCUACACUCACCAUACGAAACACAGCAGUGUUGAGCUGCUAUUUGACGCUGGUAUUCUGUGAGAGUAUGGUCCUUUCCCGGUCGAGCCGACCCAUUCGUGCUACAAAAAUACUACUAAUAUAGCUUUAGCAUGGCUCUACCGCGUAUUUAAAAGUUCAGUGUUUGUGUCUGAGAAAUAAGAGAACAAAUUCGAAGAUAUGUGAAGUUCGCCAACACGCAUUGGGGCAGCGCGGCGGACAUUUCCUUGCCGUAAAACCCUCUCAGGAAUGAGAGGAGGCCUGUGCCCAGCAACGGGACAUAUAUAGGCUGUAACUUUAACUUAUAGCACGUGCUCGACGGUGAAGGAAAACAUCGUGAGGGCGUCUGCAUGUCUAAGAAACAAAAUAUUUGGAAGUCAUGUUGUCCCCCAACACGCAUUAGAGCAGCUCGGCGUAGUACUAAUUGCUCUCAGAAGUAGAUGGUAUUGAAACUUACCCCACUUGUUUAUUUAUUAAGGAUAUGAAUUACAUAUACAUAUAUUGUUUAUUUACAGGGUUAACAGUACAUAUCUUUCUAGAGGAAAGUUGGGUGCUGCUAUAGUAAAAUCUGUAAAAACUGAACUUUAUAACAUUAUUUUAUACGAUUGUAAUAAAUUGACUUUGUCAUGUACGAAUAUUUCCCCUCAACUAGAGGUAAACAUAAAAGGAAAUUCUAACUUAUCAUAUUAUGACAGUUGUCAUAGUUAUUGGAGCUUGUAUGGAACAGAUGCUGAAAUUUCUAAAUUCAUCGAAAAAUUAAAACCAUUUAACAUUCAAAUAAACAAUUUACCAGGCCCAGAAAAUAUUUCCACUAAAAAUCAUGAUGAUAAAAUAAUUUCUAGUCAGAUUCUCAAGGAUGAAGAAAAUGAUACAGAUUAUUCAAUAAAAAGAAGAACCAAGGAUUCUAUUUUAAAAAGGAUGGCUACAAUGGGUCAAUCUGUGCUGCCAAAACAGGCUGUAACUUUACCAAGAUCUGAUGAUUCUUCAGACACAGAUGCAACUUCGCAAAAAGUUAUCAGACAUAAAUUACAGAAGAUUAAUUUCAAGAGAAAUUUGAAUGAAAAAGUAGAUCUACAUAAAGAGGAUUCUACUGAGGUUAAUUUGGAAAAAGGGGCCUCGAAAUUACACUCUGAUUAUAUUUCAGCAAGUAAUUUUGAUCAGGAACUUGUACCUAUUAAAAGUACGAAUAUAAUUGCUGACCCUAUCAUAAACAAUUCAAAUGACUUAAGUUUAUUUAUGUCUGAACAGAGAAUAAGCAAUAGUGAAUUACGGAUUAAUAUAAAUAGAUUGACAGAUAAAAUGGACAAAAUAAUACAAGGCAUUCAUGGUAUUGGUGAAUCAGAAAGUAGUAAUACAAUUAAUUUUCAAAGUAAUAUCGUUCAAAAACUGUUAAAUGAAUAUGAAAACAAAAUAAAAACAUAUGAAACUUACUUAAUAUCAAAAGGACUAGAUUAUGCUACUAUUUUCAAAUCAUACAGGCAACAUGGAGAAGAUAAUAUGCAAAAUGAUAUAGAUUCACAUAAAAAUAAAAUUGAGAAACUUGAAAAAAUAAUGGAAGAAAAAGAUAGAGAAAAUGCUUUACUAAGAAAUGAAUUGAAAACUUUACAGGCAAAGUUCGAAUCAUAUUACAAAGAAAACGACAAAAAGCAGGAAGAACAAUUUAAAGAAAUAAAUUUAUUAAAACAAGAGUUGUGCUCUAAAAACGAAGAAUUAGCAACUUUAUCAGAAGAUUUAAAAAAGCUAUCCUUACAAAACAGUAGUGAUUUUAGAAGAAAGAUAAAAUCUAUAAUGAAUAAAACAUUCCACAGUCUAUCUGCCAAUUUUGACGACAGCGAAUCUUAUCCAGGUGCUGCCAUAAAAUCUUUAUUUGCCAGUGUCAUUAAAAAAGAAACCAUGGAAACUUUAAACGAAGUGUAAAUAUACUAUAUACAUAUAUUUAUAUAAGUAUAGACCAUUAAUAUAUUUUGUAAUAUAUUUGUUGUUUUUUGUUUAUGUCACUAUUAUUAAUUAUUUUAAUUGUUUUUCAAAAUUAUGCUAUUUACAUAUUAUAAGCUCAGACUCAGAUC